CUCGGUGUGCAGGUAGGCCAGACCCCGUGUGACAGAGUGUGUGAGGCGACAGCAGCUGACCCAGUCUCCUGUCUGCAGACCCAGGUACUGACUCAGAGAACCCUGCAGAGGGGAAGAACAACAUGACUUUCCUGUUUCAUUGUAGACACAUACAGAUACAGGUUGUCAGCUCACUUCAGUGGAGGAGGAGGAAGAGUAGGAGGGGGAGGGGGAAGUGGAGGAUGGGGAGGAAGAGGAGGAGGAGGAGGGGGAAGAGGAGGAUCUACAGUCUACAGUCUACAUGUCUACUGAUCUACAUAUCUACAGUCUACUGAUCUACAGUCUACUGAUCUACAGUCUACACAUCUACAGUCCACUGAUCUACAGUCUACUGAUCUACAGUCUACACAUCUACAGUCUACUGAUCUACAGUCUACUGAUCUACAGUCUACACAUCUACAGUCUACUGAUCUACAGUCUACUGAUCUACAGUCUACUGAUCUACAGUCUACUGAUCUACAGUCUACACAUCUACAGUCUACUGAUCUACAGUCUACUGAUCUACAGUCUACUGAUCUACAGAUCUACAGUCUACUGAUCUACAGUCUACAGUCUACAUAUCUACAGUCUACUGAUCUACAGUCUACUGAUCUACAGUCUACUGAUCUACAGUCUACAUAUCUACAGUCUACUGAUCUACGGUCGACGGAUCUACAGUCGACUGAUCUACAGUCUACAUGUCUACUGAUCUACAGAUCUACAGUCUACUGAUCUACAGUCUACACAUCUACAGUCUACUGAUCUACAGUCUACUGAUCUACAGUCUACAUGUCUACUGAUCUACAGAUCUACAGUCUACUGAUCUACAGAUCUACAGUCUACACAUCUACAGUCUACUGAUCUACAGUCUACUGAUCUACAGUCUACAUAUCUACAGUCUACUGAUCUACAAUCUACAUAUCUACAGUCUACUGAUCUACAGUCUACAUAUGUACAGUCUACUGAUCUACAGUCUACAUAUGUACAGUCUACUGAUCUACAAUCUACAUAUCUACAGUCUACAUAUCUACAGUCUACUGAUCUACAGUCUACAUAUCUACAGUCUACUGAUCUACAGUCUACUGAUCUACAAUCUACUGAUCUACAGUCUACAUAUCUACAGUCUACUGAUCUACAGUCUACAGUCUACACAUCUACAUUCUACUGAUCUACAGAUCUACAGUCUACAUAUCUACAGAUCUACAGUCUACAUAUCUACAGUCUACUGAUCUACAGUCUACUGAUCUACAGGCCUACUGAUCUACAGAUCUACAGUCUACAUAUCUACAGUCUACUCACCUACAGUCUACAGUCUACUGAUCUACAGUCUACUGUCCACUGAUCUACUGUCCACUGAUCUACAGUCUACUGAUCUACAGUCUACACAUCUACAUAUCUACAGUCUACUGAUCUACAGUCUACAUAUGUACAGUCUACUGAUCUACAGUCUACUGAUCUACAGUCUACUGAUCUACAGUCUACUGAUCUACAGUCUACUGAUCUACAGUCUACUGAUCUACGGUCGACGGAUCUACAGUCUACUGAUCUACAGUCUACUGAUCUACAGUCUACAGAUCUACAGUCUACUGAUCUACAGUCUACUGAUCUACAGUCUACAUAUCUACAGUCUACUGAUCUACAGUCUACAUAUCUACAGUCUACUGAUCUACAGUCUACUGAUCUACAGUCUACUGAUCUACAGUCUACAUAUCUACAGUCUACUGAUCUACAGUCUACUGAUCUACAGUCUACUGAUCUACAGUCUACUGAUCUACAGUCUACUGAUCUACAGUCUACUAAUCUACAGUCUACACAUCUACAGUCUACUGAUCUACAGUCUACUGAUCUACAGUCUACAUAUCUACAGUCUACUGAUCUACAAUCUACAUAUCUACAGUCUACUGAUCUACAGUCUACAUAUGUACAGUCUACUGAUCUACAGUCUACAUAUGUACAGUCUACUGAUCUACAAUCUACAUAUCUACAGUCUACUGAUCUACAGUCUACAUAUCUACAGUCUACUGAUCUACAGUCUACUGAUCUACAAUCUACUGAUCUACAGUCUACUGAUCUACAGUCUACUGAUCUACAGUCUACAGUCUACAGUCUACACAUCUACAUUCUACUGAUCUACAGAUCUACAGUCUACUGAUCUACAUAUCUACAGUCUACUGAUCUACAGUCUACUGAUCUACAGGCCUACUGAUCUACAGAUCUACAGUCUACAUAUCUACAGUCUACUCACCUACAGUCUACAGUCUACUGAUCUACAGUCUACUGUCCACUGAUCUACUGUCCACUGAUCUACAGUCUACUGAUCUACAGUCUACACAUCUACAUAUCUACAGUCUACUGAUCUACAGUCUACAUAUGUACAGUCUACUGAUCUACAGUCUACUGAUCUACAGUCUACUGAUCUACAGUCUACUGAUCUACAGUCUACAUAUCUACAGUCUACUGAUCUACAGUCUACUGAUCUACGGUCGACGGAUCUACAGUCUACUGAUCUACAGUCUACUGAUCUACAGUCUACAGAUCUACAGUCUACUGAUCUACAGUCUACUGAUCUACAGUCUACUGAUCUACAGUCUACAUAUCUACAGUCUACUGAUCUACAGUCUACAUAUCUACAGUCUACUGAUCUACAGUCUACUGAUCUACAGUCUACUGAUCUACAGUCUACAUAUCUACAGUCUACUGAUCUACAGUCUACUGAUCUACAGUCUACUGAUCUACAGUCUACUGAUCUACGGUCGACGGAUCUACAGUCUACUGAUCUACAGUCUACUGAUCUACAGUCUACUGAUCUACAGUCUACUAAUCUACAGUCUACACAUCUACAGUCUACUGAUCUACAGUCUACUGAUCUACAGUCUACAUAUCUACAGUCUACUGAUCUACAAUCUACAUAUCUACAGUCUACUGAUCUACAGUCUACAUAUGUACAGUCUACUGAUCUACAAUCUACUGAUCUACAGUCUACAGAUCUACAGUCUACUGAUCUACAGUCUACACAUCUAUAGUCUACUGAUCUACAGUCUACUGUCCACUGAUCUACAGUCUACUGAUCUACAGUCUACACAUCUAUAGUCUACUGAUCUACAGUCUACUGAUCUACAGUCUACACAUCUAUAGUCUACUGAUCUACAGUCUACUGUCCACUGAUCUACAGUCUACUGAUCUACAGUCUACUGAUCUACAGUCUACAGUCCACUGAUCUCAAGUCUACACAUCUACAGUCUACACAUCUACAGUCUACUGAUCUACAGUCUACACAUCUACAUAUCUACAGUCUACAUAUGUACAGUCUACUGAUCUACAGUCUACAGAUCUACAGUCUACUGAUCUACAGUCUACACAUCUAUACUCUACUGAUCCACAGACUACACAUCUACAGUCUACAGAUCUACAGUCUACAGUCUACACAUCUACAGUCUACUGAUCUACCGUCUACUGAUCUACAGUCUACACAUCUACAUAUCUACAGUCUACAUAUGUACAGUCUACUGAUCUACAGUCUACUGAUCUACAGUCUACUGAUCUACAGACUACAUAUGUACAGUCUACUGAUCUACAGUCUACAUAUGUACAGUCUACUGAUCUACAAUCUACUGAUCUACAGUCUACAUAUAUACAGUCUACUGAUCUACAGUCUACAGUCUACAGUCUACACAUCUACAUUCUACUGAUCUACAGUCUACUGAUCUACAGGCCUACUGAUCUACAGAUCUACAGUCUACAUAUCUACAGUCUACUCACCUACAGUCUACAGUCUACUGAUCUACAGUCUACUGAUCUACAGUCUACUGAUCUACAGUCUACACAUCUACAUAUCUACAGUCUACUGAUCUACAGUCUACAUAUGUACAGUCUACUGAUCUACAGUCUACUGAUCUACAGUCUACUGAUCUACAGUCUACAGAUCUACAGUCUACUGAUCUACAGUCUACUGAUCUACAGUCUACAUAUCUACAGUCUACUGAUCUACGGUCGACGGAUCUACAGUCUACUGAUCUACAGUCGACUGAUCUACAGUCGACUGAUCUACAGUCUACUGAUCUACAGUCUACAUGUCUACUGAUCUACAGAUCUACAGUCUACACAUCUACAGUCUACUGAUCUACAGUCUACUGAUCUACAGUCUACUGAUCUACAGUCUACUAAUCUACAGUCUACACAUCUACAGUCCACUGAUCUACAGUCUACUGAUCUACAGUCUACAUAUCUACAGUCUACUGAUCUACAAUCUACAUAUCUACAGUCUACUGAUCUACAGUCUACAUAUGUACAGUCUACUGAUCUACAAUCUACAGUCUACUGAUCUACAGUCUACUGAUCUACAGUCUACACAUCUAUAGUCUACUGAUCUACAGUCUACUGAUCUACAGUCUAUACAUCUAUAGUCUACUGAUCUACAGUCUACUGAUCUACAGUCUACAUAUCUACAGUCUACUCACCUACAGUCUACAGUCUACUGAUCUACAGUCUACAUAUCUACAGUCUACUCACCUACAGUCUACUGUCCACUGAUCUACAGUCUACUGAUCUACAGUCUACUGAUCUACAGUCUACAGUCCACUGAUCUCAAGUCUACACAUCUACAGUCUACACAUCUACAGUCUACUGAUCUACAGUCUACACAUCUACAUAUCUACAGUCUACUGAUCUACAGUCUACAUAUGUACAGUCUACUGAUCUACAGUCUACUGAUCUACAGUCUACAGUCUACAGAUCUACAGUCUACUGAUCUACAGUCUACACAUCUAUACUCUACUGAUCCACAGACUACAUAUCUACAGUCUACAUAUCUACAGUCUACUGAUCUACAGUCUACAGAUCUACAGUCUACUGAUCUACAGUCUACUGAUCUACAGUCUACACAUCUACAUUCUACUGAUCUACAGAUCUACAGUCUACUGAUCUACAAUCUACUGAUCUACAGUCUACAAAUCUACAGUCUACAGAUCUGAUCUACAAUCUACUGAUCUACAGUCUAUUGAUCUACAGUCUACUGAUCUACAGUCUAUUGAUCUACAGUCUACUGUCUACUGAUCUACAGUGUACUAAUCUACAGUCUACACAUCUAUAGUCUACUGACUACAGUCUACAGAUCUACAGUCUACUGAUCUACAGUCUACAGAUCUGAUCUACAAUCUACUGAUCUACAGUCCACAGAUCUACAGUCCACAGAUCUACAGUCUACUGAUCUACAUUCCACUGAUCUACAGUCUACUGAUCUACAGUCUACUGAUCUACAGACUACAUUUCUACAGUCUACAUAUCUACAGUCCACAUAUCUACAGUCUACUGAUCUACAGUCUACUGAUCUACAGUCUACUGAUCUACAGACUACAUUUCUACAGUCUACAUAUCUACAGUCCACAUAUCUACAGUCUACUGAUCUACAGUCUACUGAUCUACAGUCUACUGAUCUACAGUCUACUGAUCUACAGCCUACUGAUCUACAGUCUACUGAUCUACAGUCUACAUAUCUACAGUCUACUGAUCUACAGACUACAUUUCUACAGUCUACAUAUCUACAGUCUACAUAUCUACAGUCUACUGAUCUACAGUCUACUGAUCUACAGUCUACUGAUCUAGUCUACAUAUCUACAGUCUACUGAUCUACAGACUACAUUUCUACAGUCUACAUAUCUACAGUCUACUGAUCUACAGACUACAUAUCUACAGUCUACAUAUCUACAGUCUACUGAUCUACAGCCUACUGAUCUACAGUCUACUGAUCUACAGUCUACAUAUCUACAGUCUACUGAUCUACAGACUACAUUUCUACAGUCUACAUAUCUACAGUCUACAUAUCUACAGUCCACAUAUCUACAGUCUACUGAUCUACAGUCUACUGAUCUACAGUCUACUGAUCUACAGUCUACUGAUCUACAGUCUACAUAUCUACAGUCUACUGAUCUACAGACUACAUUUCUACAGUCUACAUAUCUACAGUCUACUGAUCUACAGUCUACUGAUCUACAGUCUACUGAUCUACAGUCUACUGAUCUAA